CGAGACGCCCCGCGCCCGCUGAAGCGCUCGAGCGCCCCGGCAGGCGGCUCGCCAUCUUUUUCAGCUGGAGGGGUAGGUGUCUUUCUUUCCCAGACGCAGGCUGGCGACUGGGCGCCUUCAUGCAGGAUGCUGUAUUCUCUGCUCCUUUGUGAAUGUCUGUGGUUGAUAACCGGUUAUGCUCAUGAUGAUGACUGGAUUGACCCCACAGACAUGCUUAACUAUGAUGCUGCUUCAGGAACAAUGAGAAAGUCUCAGGUAAAACAUGGUGUAUCAGAGGAAAAAGAAGUCAGUCCUGACUUGUCACAUGCUGAUGAAUUGUUGGAAUGUUAUAGCAAACUUGAUUCUUUAACUCAUAAGAUCGAUGAGUGUGAAAAGAAAAAGAAGGAAGACUAUGAAAGUCAAAGCAAUCCUGUUUUUAGGAGAUACUUACAUAAGAUUUUGAUUGAAGCCAGAAAGCUCGGACUCCCUGAAGAAAACAAAGAUGAUAUGCAUUAUGAUGCUGAGAUUAUCCUAAAAAGGCAAACCUUGUUAGAAAUACAGAAGUUUCUCAGUGGAGAGGAUUGGAAACCAGGAGCCUUGGAUGAUGCACUAAGUGAUAUUUUAAUUAAUUUUAAGUUUCAUGAUUUUGAAACAUGGAAGUGGCGAUUUGAAGACUCCUUUGGAGUGGAUCCAUAUAAUCUGUUGAUGGUGCUUCUGUGUCUGCUCUGUAUCGUGGGAUUAGUCGCUACCGAGCUGUGGACGUAUGUGCAUUGGUACACCCAGUUGAGACGUGUGUUAUUCAUCAGUUUCCUCAUCAGUUUGGGAUGGAAUUGGAUGUAUCUAUAUAAGGCACUGGCGGUUACAUUCACCAACUUUGUCACGGAGCCACUGAAACACAUUGGGAAAGGAGCUGGGGAAUUUAUUAAAGAGUUCAUGAAGGAGAUCCCAGUAUUACUUCACAUUCCAGUGCUGGUCAUUAUGGCAUUAGCUGUCCUGAGUUUCUGCUAUGGUGCUGGAAAAUCAGUUAAUAUGCUGAGACAUUUAGGUGGUCCUGAAAGAGAACCACCCCGGGCACUUGAGCCAGCUGAUAGAGGACGGCUGCAGGAAGUUGGUGAUAGACCCCAUGGUGGAGCAGGUGAUGCACGUUUCCCUUAUAGAGGCCACAUCAGCCCCUUUGAGCGAGGCCCUUAUGACAGAACAUAUGAGGGUAGAAGAGAUGGUAUGAGAGAGAGAGAUGUUGACUUGAUACCUAGGACUGGCACCAAGAGCCCCGAAGUGCUCCGGCCAUGCGAUGUACCCCAGGCAGAGGCAAGGGAGCGUCCCACGGUGGUACCCAGUCAUAAAUUACCUUUUUUGGAUACAAAGCCCAAAGAAUUUGGUGGAAUCCAGGGAGAAAGCACACUGCUAGAAAGCAGUACCGAAAGCAGCCAGUCUAGUAGGCCUGUCUCUGGCCCAGACACAUCAGAGAAGGUGGAAGGUUCACCUGCAGAGGAAAAGGCCCAGCUCGGGACUGAUGUCAGAGGCAGCCCAGAGGAAGGCAGCGCGUCCAGCCCAGCCAGCGGUGGGAAGGAUCUGGAGAGUGGCCCAUGUGGCUAGAGGAGCACAGCCUCGGACCACAGCUCAGAGAUAGCCGUUUGGGGAUGCAGUCCACUUGGACAGCUAGCGAGGCAACAUACCACUGCUGUUGAAUGAUGACGGCAAUUUAGGGAAGACACUAAAGCAGACCGAACAGAUCAAGGCCAGUUUAUAACUUGGGGAAAUAGACUUGUUUAUUGUCCAGCCCAUAUUUAUCAUUAGAAUCAAGAAUUUUAGCAACAAGCUUUUAGGAAAAUCAGAAUUGGGUAGACAGCUUUAUAAAAGCAGUGUUUAAGUGGAAUAGAUAAUGUUGAAUGUUUACAGGGUCUAAGAACUAUUGUAUACACAAAAUAAACACCUAUUUUUACAUUAUUGUAAUUUGA